AUGGCGAAUGUUGCAGCUACAAACAUCACCUUUUUCAAACCCUUUUUGCAGCAUUACUCCAAUUUUCCUACCUCAUUUUUCAACAUCACCAUCCCCAUUCCCAAACAUUACCAUAAACCUACCAGCACAAAGUGUCUCUCCCGCUGCCACCUCAGUGUCACUCCCGAACCCUCCCGGGGCGCCCCAGAAACCUUGGUUUCCCGGUUCGCCGCUGACCAGCCGAGGAAGGGCAGUGACAUCCUUGUGGAAGCCCUGGAACGUGAAGGGGUGACUCAUGUCUUCGGUUACCCGGGGGGAGCCUCCAUGGAGAUUCACGAAGCCCUCGCUCGCUCCUCCAUGAUCAGAAACGUGCUGCCCAGACAUGAGCAAGGGGGCAUCUUUGCGGCAGACGGCUAUGCUCGCGCUUCUGGACGCCCUGGUGUCUGCCUCACCUCCUCUGGUCCAGGCGCCACUAAUAUUAUCAGCGGCAUUGCGGAUGCAAACUUCGAUAGCAUACCCAUCGUGGCCAUUACUGGGCAAGUCCCACGAGGCUUGAUGGGAACCGAUGCCUUCCAAGAAGUCCCACUUAUUGAUAUAACUCGACCGAUCACAAAGUUCAAUUAUUUAGUUCUUGAUGUUGAAGACAUUCCUCGCACAGUUAAAGAAGCCUUUCUCCUUGCAACUUCAGGUCGACCUGGUCCGGUAUUGAUCGAUAUACCAAGAGAUAUACAGAAAGAGCUCGUGGUUCCGAAUUGGAAUAAGCCAAUUAUGCUGCUUGGGAAUGCAUCCAGAUUGCCUAAAUUGCCGGAAAAGGCCCACCUGGAAGAAAUUGUUCGAUUAAUUUCAGUGUCAAAGAGGCCAGUUGUGUAUGCUGGUGGAGGGUGUAUGAACUGCAGUGAAGAGUUAAGGCGGUUUGUGGGGCUCACUGGUAUACCUGUGGCAAGUACUUUAAUGGGUCUAGGGAUUUUCCCAUGCACGGAUGACCUAUCUCUUCACAUGCUCGGAAUGCAUGGGACUAUACAAGCAAACUACGCUGUGGACAGGUCUGAUUUGUUGCUAGCAUUUGGUGUCCGAUUUGACGAUCGGGUAACAGGUAAAGUUGAAGCUUUCGCUAGAAAUGCUACAAUUGUUCAUAUUGAUAUUGAUCCAGCAGAAAUCGGAAAGAACAAAAAACCCCAUCUUUCAAUUUGCACUGAUGUAAAGCUGGCAUUGGAAGGCAUCAACACGAUCUUGGAGAAGAAUGAAGCAAAGCAACCCACUGCAGAAAACAAAAGAGGAAAAGGGACAAAGUUUAAUGACAAUGUAUCGGCUUGGAUAGAGGAAAUUGAUGAGCAGAAAGAGAAAUACCCAGCAAGUUAUAGAACAUUUGGAGAGGCUAUUCCUCCACAGUAUGCUAUUCAACUUUUGGAUGAAUUAACUAAUGGAAAUGCUAUUAUUUGUACCGGAGUCGGGCAGCAUCAGAUGUGGGCUGCCCAGUAUUGCAAGCAUAAGAAUCCCCGCCACUGGCUCUCUUCAAGUGGAUUAGGAGCAAUGGGGUUCGGAUUGCCUGCUGCUAUGGGUGCUGCACUUGCUAAACCCGACGCAAUUGUUGUCGACAUUGAUGGUGACGGAAGCUUUAUGAUGAAUAUCCAGGAAUUGGCUACAAUACGAGUGGAAAAUCUGCCAGUGAAGAUUAUGCUAUUGAAUAAUCAGCACCUUGGCAUGGUUUAUCAAUAUGAGUAUGAAUAUGGGGACGGUGAUUCGUUGCACUCAUACAUGGGGAAUCCAUCGAACCAGGCCCAAGUAUUUCCUGACAUGUUGAUGUUUGCGGAAGCUUGCAACAUAACUGCAGCCCGUGUGACAAAGAAAGCAGAGCUGAGAGAGGCAAUAGAGAAGAUGUUGAAGACUCCUGGUCCAUAUCUGCUAGAUGUGAUGGUACCCCAUCAAGCACAAGUGCUGCAGUUGAUUCCGGAUGGUGGCACUUUCAAAGGUGCUCAGUAAAUGUAAAACAAAUGCAAUUUUAUCAUGAACUGUCAAGUACUAAUAUAAUGGAAAAUAAAAAAUAA